GGAGCGAGACUCGCUAGGGUCGAAGGCUCGUUGCGACCACGCUGGUCACAACAUCCCGGCAGACUGUUCCCUCGGGACAGGCUCCACCUGUUUAUCAUUCGGUCGCGUAAACCACCAAGAACAGCACACCGUGUGAAACGAAAACGUGGUGAGAAAUGUUGCCAACGUUGUUCAGGAGAGAGAACCGUGGCCCGAUCGAACGAUACACGAGAUAAUCGUCGUUGAAAAGGGGUGGUUGAGUGCCGGCAGCCUAACCAGUGAUUUCGGCGUGAUUAGCAGCUUAAUUGAUCAGAGUUGCCAUACAGUCUUGUACGUUCGGCCUGUAGACGAAGGAAAAAGGAUGGAGGAAGGAAGCACGAAGGAGGGUUCGGCGGUCUGAUUGGAUUUGUGGUCGGGCCUGGAUUUAGUAUUAAGAAGGAUGGGUUGGACACUCACCGUUCUUGGGGUGGCUUUAGCCAUUGCCGUCGUGGCUAGCGCCGCCCUAACAUUCUCUAGAAGAAGAUAUGUCUUGCAAUGUAGAUAUUGUAUCAGCUGGCAAUGGGACACUAGAAAUAUCUGGAACGUCUGCGAGGAAUGGCGACAGAAACUUUCUUGGUUGUGGGCGCCGCGGGAAGAGAAGGUCGGUUUAGUGAAAGCACAACAUCCAACGGCCCAGACAAUCCCCGGUUUAUAUCGGCAACCUGGGAACACGUCUCAACAUCUGCUUCACAGCGACAGCGACCUGAGACUCGAUGCACAGGGAGCUUUCACCAGGUUCGAACCGGUGGACAGAGAUCUCCAUCCGCCUCUGGGCACCACCACCGGUAGUACGAUACCACCGCAACCUUUGAGACCAGCACCUCAACCAAGGCCAACUGCUCGUCCAAGACCGUCUCCACUUCAAACGUCGAGCACUGUAGACUACCUGAGAAUGCAAGAGGCUGGCCCAGUACCUUUGACACCGCCGCCAUCGUUGCAGAGACCGUCGGUACCGUCGAGAUCCACCGGCCCGUCGGUCUUCCUUUUCCAGAGCGAACCGAUGAAGAAUUACGGUCUGCACAAGCCAUCAACCGACCACGGUUCGUUCAGAUUCGACGGCGAGGCAACGAAGACCAUGACGGAGAGUAUCCAAAUGACACCGUACGGCUCGCAAAAUCAUAUCGACGCGGCGAGGCUGAGAUACGAGUUCGAGGAAGAACUGAGGAAAGAGCAGAACAGGCACAAUCCUUACAGACAGUUCGAUACCGGCAUCGAGUCGACCAGGAUCAGAUACGGUGUACACGGUGUGCCUAUAGCUACCCUGGAUGGUAAGGGAGACGAGGAUGGUAACACGAGCUACGGUAGCUACGACAUCGUCCAAAGGAAUCGCAUAAUACGGCAACAUGUCCGGAAUGAUUCGAGAGGCUCGCCAAGCAGUUUCGGUAUGACGAAUUCUUCGAAUGCCGCCAGCCAGACUACCAUGGAAUCGAUAUACGGAUCCGAGGAGCUGUCUAAGAUGCUUCAGAGCACUCAGAGCCUCGGCAACGACCUCGAUCGCAAGAGCAACGAGAUGCAAAGCAUCGAGAUGACGCCCUUUAGAAGCUCCAGCCUUCAGGAGAACAUCGGCCCGUCCUACUUGUUCCGCGAGUCUCAAGGGUUGCAGAAGGUCUCGCAAUAUAUUCAGAGCCUGCCGGACCUUCCGAUAUACGACUCGAUCAACGAACUCGGACUCCAUCAAGAUCAGGAUCGCGUGCUCUACGACGACACGAUUCAGGAAUCGAUCAACGCGUUGAAGGUUAACAGCGAAACGGCCUCCAGCCCGAUACCGCCGCCACCCGCGCCGCCUGAUCCGCCGAAAGAUGUGCCAAAAAAGAACGGACAGACAACUGGCGAAAGAAUAUUCAAUGCUCUCAGAUUGGUCACGUCGCAGAGUUACAUCGACGCCUCAGAAUUUUAUAACUCAGUCGUAUCCUCGGCACAACAAGUUCAACGUUUCACAUUCUCAUCGAGAUCUCCGUCAUUGGUGGAGGAAAGCACUGGUAACCAGUUGCAGGAUGAAGUUCAGGACAUUUACGCGGAGAACGAUUCUGACGUGAUAGGUCCUGAUGGCUCCAGACGUAGCUCUGAUCUUUACAGCCCUGAACUCAAUUUAGAAGCACACAGAACUGCGCAAGAGGUAUACAAUAGUUUACAAGAUCCACCGUCGUCGCCGUUGUUAGUUAAAGAUCACAGUCAAGAGAUUUACACGUACAUGACUGAUCCUAGCUUCACAAGAACCUCGGAGGACAUUUUAAAUAGCAUCGAGCAAAGAAGAAAAAGUAUGGAAAGAUUGAACGGUAUCCAGGAAUUCAAUGAACUCGAUGAUGAUGAUUCAUUGAGGAAAAGAAAUAAUCACGAGUUUUAUGCUGCACUAGAAGAAGCUCAAUUGAAGAGAAAAUUCUCUCAGAGUUUCAUCACGAAUUACACCAUAAACGAUUACAAUGACAUCAAUCCUGGAAGUCGUCGUGGACCCCAGGGACCUGAUCCAGAACCACCGCCGGAUGAAUCGAAUUUGAAGCGGGCAAUAAGUUGCGAAAGCGUAUGCUCCGACACGAGUGUAGUGUUAAACGACCUCGAGGAAGCUCCCAUCGUCGGCCACGUGUGCGUCGGUGUUCAAUACGACAGAUGGGGUGGUCGGGGUGCUGAUAGCGAGGGUGAUCUCGCGGUCAGCGUUCUCGAAGCCAGAGAUCUCAUCACACCGGAUGAACAACCUGCUCAAGAUACUUUUGCUAGAGUUUGUCUGUUGCCAAACAGAGAAUUACACGUGAAAACGAGACUGUACAGAGGAAGUCCAUCGCCUAGUUAUCAAGAAAAUUUUCUGUUCCCUCUGGACGAUGGCCCUAGUGGAAGAACUCUUCUCGUCGAAAUAUUUUCCGAUGAGACCAGUAUCGGUGAUGGGACGACUCUCAUCGGAGAAGCUAGGUUACGUUUAGGACCCGCCUCAAGAGCACCUGCGACUACGUGGUUACCACUUUUGGGAUCAGCUUUGCCCACGCCAAAACUCGGAGAGUUAAUGUUCUCUCUGAGUUACUUACAAACGGCUGAAAGGCUCACCCUGGUGGUUGUGAAGGCCAGGAAUUUACGUGGCGCCAAUGCAGUAGCCGGUGAUUUCUUCGUUAAGGUGUACUUGUUACAACAAGGAAAGAAGAUCCACAAGAAGAAAACAUCUGUGAAAAAGGGAGAAGAAAGUCCAAUAUUCAACGAGGCAAUUAUUUUUAACGUGCCCACUCAUACUUUGCAGAACAUACAGAUAAGACUAACUGUAGCGGAAGUAAACAAUGAUCAGGGCGUAAAUUCGAAACCAUACUCCGUUGGACAUGUCAUCGUCGGUCCCACGUCGGCAGGAAGAGCGUUCGUCCAUUGGAGACAAAUGUUGGCUGCUCAAAGGCGCCCUGUUGCCAUGUGGCAUCCGCUGAGAAAAUGAAAGGAACAGGAACGAUGUUGGAACGAAAUGUAGGAACAAAAGUCUACAUGGAUUUAAAGUAUAUUUGGAGAACGGCGGCGUUACAUAGACAUAAUGUUAUAGCGAAUCAUCCUGAUACUCCUCCGGGUUUUGAACUGUUCACUUUUUUAAAAACAGUACUUCAUUUGAAAUCAACAAUAUGUAUUAGAGAUCACUUGAACUCGUACAAAAUCAUUCCCGAAAGGGUAUACUAAACGUGGUGCAAUUUAUCUUAAGAAAGAGAUGAGGUCACGUUUUUUUUUUGAAAGUAAACCGUUCAAAACUGCGUGAAUUUUUAGUAUAACCCGAUACACGAUCACUGUUAAUAGACAGUUUCCAUUGAAAAAGAAGGAAAGAUAUAGGAACUUAAAUGCUUUUGUUAUUAUAUCGAUUGAUAUUCUAGAUCGUGUACAAUUCAUUCAUACAGGGUGCUGACGUAUUUAAGGCCUCAACGUGAAAGACUUUUCUAUUCACGUUAUACGAUUACUUGUAAGUAUUGAAUGUCCAGCAUUCUCUCUUUAAUCGUUCUCCUUUAUACUAUAAACGAGCAAAUACACCCAUAAACGUGUGACAACACGUUGCAAGUAGAGAGAUGAUAAUUCAACAAAAUCUACGAUUCGUCGUUUUCGAUUUGAUGGUAUAAAAAUCUCAAUGUCAAAUUCGUAUCCUACUGUGCAUGUACCAAUUUGAUGUACAUGAUAUGUUGUUUCAUCUAAUGGUAAGAUUGAAAAUGACGGCUCCGUGAUUUAUCUCGACAUGAAUCGACAAGACACGAGGUUGCCGUUAAAAUGAAAGAUAGCGAAGAAAUUAUAUGAGACGAGGAAAUCGACCAGGAUAUUACGCGGAGCCUGGUAUCAAUCAUUUCAGACUGAUGUAUCGAUAUCAAAAAUCAUCGUCAGGCACAAAUCGCUGUAGGUUCUAAAUGGAUCCACAUCGUUGUUCAUACCGUGUCCCUCCACGAGGAAGGUUCGAAAGAUCAUUGUGACAAGAUCACAAGGUUCUCUGGAUACGAGGCUCAAACACAUAUUUGUAUCGAUAUUUUAUAUACGGCCUGCGAACGACAAAGCCAAGGAAUAUACAUCAUUUUAUUCGUUUCAUUCAUUAUUGGGACGAAUUAGAUGAAUUAUAUAUUUUAGAACGAAGUGAAAAAAAACAAGACUAAGUGCACGGAUUGAAUGAUAGCUUCAAAAAUGUGUUCUUUCCCUUUUGUUUCUCCGUUAAUAUUUCUUUGCAAAGAAAUAUACAUACAAGUAGAUGAAUUGUAGACGACAAGCUUAAUCGAACCUUCCUUACGUGUAUAGAGAAAAUGCCAUCAUGCCAUCUCUUCUGUGUGUAUCAUGUUGAUGUCAGUUAAAAAGCACUUUAAUUCUCUUUUUUCUUUCGAAAGAAAAGUUCCCCUUUUUCCACCUCGUACAAACAUUAUUUGCUUUAACGCAGAAUUAUCUAUCGGUUUGUACGAAUAUUUGUAAAAAAGAGAAAAAAUUGAUCAUUCUUGUUUCUCUUGUAAUUUUCAUUUCUUUUCUUUUUUUUGUUCUAUUCUAGCGUAUCGAUGUAAUUUUACUCGUUGUUCGUUCGAACAACCGGCUAUAUAAAUGCAGAAAAAUGAAAGAAACGAAAAAAGAACGACAAAGAAAAAAAAAGAAACGCUUCGCCGUGACUAAAAAAUUCAUUGCGAAAAAUUUAUGGACUCUAAUUCAGAGUUUCAUCAAGAUGUAAAUGUUGUUGUUCCCAAUGGACUGUUAAUGUUUGUACAGAGUUUAUUAACGACGUACUCAACGUGCAGAGCAUUCUCUUCGAAACGUGGACGAUUGAUCACGAUUUUUGAUUAUGUUCCUUUCUCUCCUAACGAUCGAUGCUCAUCAUAUUUCUUUUCCUUUUUCUUUUAUUUCUACUUCUUUUUCUCCUUCUCCUUCUUUCUCGUUACAUAAUCUGUUCAUUCCUUUUUGUCAUUUUAUUUCGACAAUGAAAUCAUUGGUCUCGAUUUCUUCUUUCUCUUUCUUUUUCUUUUUCGCCUUUGUGACAGUAGUUGGCACACGGGCGAAUUACACGAUUUUCAAGCAAUGCUGAGUCGAUGCAAAUCCGCUGCCGGUCGUUUGCACAUACACGGCACAGAUUAUGCGUCGACCUAACUUAAUUCUACAAAAUUUGCUCCAUUACGAUUCCAUUGGGCGUUCGAGGUUACAAUGAUACUCGAUUAUUCCUGAUGUAAUUAAAUGCGCGUCACCAUUUAUCGUCGGAACUAUUUGAGCAGAAUGUUAGUGAAAUUAGGAAAAGGUUGAGAAACAAUCAUUUUUGUGAUAAAACACGAGAAAAAUUUUGCUUUAGAAAAGAUUAUUUUCAUUAUUUUCAUUACCACGUAAAAAUGACGUAUGCUCUUUGAAAUAUGAAAAUCUAUAGAAAUCUUAAUUUAAUAUUAACAAUACGUUUUACAGUUCCGACAGAAAUGGAAAAACCUCGCGAUAUUUACGACUAACGGGAUCGUUAGCGCAAAUCGAACGAAUUAGAUAGCCUUUCGGACCUCAUAACCUAUUCUAUACCUAUAAAUUUUGUACCUCUUCGUACACGAUAAAACUUUAACAAAAACUAAUCCUUCGUAUACACGUAUACAUUACAUGCAUACGCCACGUGUAUAUAUACAUAUACAUCUAUAUAUAUAUAUAGUUACAUUACGAGAGAAUUUUACACUCUAUAUUAUACAUUUUUUGUCAUAAAUUGCCGACUAUUUGAAUCCAUACUUAUGAACUUAUUCAGGUCUUUUCUAUCGCCAACUUACUAUGGGACUAAUAUCGCUGAACUCUCAUUAACUCCAUAAAUAUAUUUGUAAAUUAUCCAUCGUGGACGAUAUGUAUCUCUGCAUUGUUUCGUACAAAGUGAUCAGCGAGAACGAUUGCAACUUACGACUUACGAUUAACAAUAAGUAAUUUUUUUACACGCGAAACGAAUAAUAACAUAAUUAACAAUUGAUCCAUGCAAUGGGUUGAAUGAUUUUUCUUUAUUUUUUAAAAUUUACGAAACCAAAGGAUUAAUUAUCAAUCGAUUAUCCUUUUCAUUCAGAUACAACUGUACAUCGUUCUUAACAUUAUUAAAUAUAACGAUUAGUAACAUUAUUGUAGCGUCAUAUAAUUUUCAGUAUUUAUAACCGAUGAGAUUAUACUCUGGCGUUAUGUAAUUUUCAGUAGUUAAUGAAAAAUGUGCUAUAACCAGUUCAAACGUGUGUAUUUGUUUAUAUUUAUUUAUUUUUAUUUCUUUAAAUAUGACAAAAAUCGGAUUUUGUAAGUUUGUAACAGAGCUUGGUGUCUUCUGGUAAAAAUUACUAAAUGUUAAUAAAAAAAACAAGAAGAAGAAGAAAAAGAAUGAUUUCUUCGUCGCGAUUAGUAAAAUCAAUCGAAUCGUCCCCGUGUUUCACUUUGUACUCACGGAACCGUACGUAGUACGUAUGUAUAAUCUGUAUACAUGUAAGUCGAAUUACCAUUCAAAACACUGUUGUAUAUCAGCACAAAACUAAUCUUUUAUUCUUAAUACCAACGUGGCGUACACGGGUACGCACACACACGUAUGUAGGUGGAGUUGUUCACGUACGUUUGUCUGCGCCCGUGCAUGCAUAUGUUACGGAUACAUAUUACUAAGUUUUAUUGUUAAACUGGAAUACAUUAAACGUAUGGCGUAGUACGAUGAGACAGGGAGAGAACAAUAUUGAAGGCGUUCAAUAGCUUGCUUCUCGUUUACCAAAAUUUAGUUUUGUCAGGGGCUAGCUAUAGACGAAAUUAAGAGAGAAAGAGAGUGAGAGAAAGUUAGAGAAAAGAGAGAGAGAGAGAGAGAGAGAGAGAGAGAGAGCGAACGAAAGAGGAACGUGAGUAAGAAAGGAGUACGUGAGAAACGAAAAAGAAUGAAAGUGAGAGGAUGCGAACAGAUGAAAAAACGCGUGGAAUGAAAGGACAGAAUGGAGUGAAAGAUGAAUAAGAACGAUUGACAAAAAGAUAGAGAAAAAAAGGAAAAAAGAGUGAUGAUGACAAUAAUAAUGCCAAUGCGAUUCGUACCUCAAACGAUACAAGACGACUACUUAAAUAAUAGAACGCACCGAUAUGCAUACGAAAUAUCUGAAAUAAGAUUUAGUUACCUAUUCAUAAUAUACUUCUCAUUGACAAACCUACAGCUCAGUCUUGUUUAAUUAUAGAUUUGUUGAUCCACCGUUGCAAUUCAAUAUUUUACUUCGUUUGUCACUUGUACACACAGAAUUUUCUAUAAUACUUUAUCACAAUAUAAUAAUUUCAUUUAUGUCUUAUAUUCUUCAAAAUGUGCUAGAUUGAUAUUAUAGAUUUUAGAUUAUAUAUCGGCAAUCACGCAUAAUACAUUGCGCAUAAAAUUUUCAUUAAUUAAAAAACCAGGACUCGUGAUGAAAAAUAAAAAGAAAAAUUAUGAUGCCUUAUAAUUUAUAAUCACGAUCAAGAUUGUGGGACGAAUCGCAACGCGUAGCCAUUGCAUGAGUGUAUGAUUCAUACAAAAAUACUAUAAAGUUUAAAUUGUUUUAUAUUUUUGUUACGCCUCUCUGUGAUAUAAUAAGGGCACAUUCACCUCACCCUGUAUAUGCAUUAAUCUUUAUAUCUUAUUGAUUAAGGUGAAACUUUUUGAAGAACAAUCCUUGCCAAGCCCUUCCUAAUUACAUUUCGGAUUAUGCUCGUGCGUACCGUCAGGUAAAAGAAUCAAAAACCAUGCAAGUUUAAAUAUUCAAGCAAGUUGCUGACAUUAUUUCAUUUAAAUGAACUUAAGGGAAUUGUUAAAGCGUUUAUGUACUUCGAUAGAAACCGAGUCGUUUAAGAUAUCCGUACGUAAAAUAUCAUUAAUGAACGCAACGAUCCAACAGAAAACGUUUUAAUUUACUAAUGAUUUUAAUAAAUAUUAUUUCAUAAAGAUAUGAAGAAAGAACAGUUACGAAAAAGUUAAUAAUUAAAAAAUUUAAACAAAUUUAUCUUCUUAUGAAGAAAUUAAUUUUUGUUGUUGUUAUAAUUUGUUAAUUUGUUUAAUUUAUAAUAAAAGAAUAAACGGAACAAAUGUAAACGGAAAUGUUAACAAAGUAAUUCUGAUAAAGUAAUUUUAAUUGAUUCAGUCUACAACCAUGUACUUGUUUUUAAAAGAAAUGUAAAAAGCGAAUUAUCUAUAUAUCAUUAAAUAGUUUAAUUCGAUCGUGUGUGUACUUUUACUCUUCAGUUUUAUAAUCUCUCAAUGUUACACGUGUAUUUAAAAGUAUAGAUUCAUUGGAUGGAAGAUGUGUAUGGAAGUGUUUAGAUUUAAAAUUAUUAAUUUUAGUAAUAGUAACAUAUCCCUUAAGAUAAGGUACGUUCGAGCUUGUGCUUGUGAAAGGUAUAACGUGUAUCAUUACACCUUACAUUAUGCUAUACUAAUUAUAAACAAACGGAAAAUCUUACACUAAAAUCUGUGAAAAAAAAAUAUUAUAAAU